AUGGGUUUUCUUCCGGUCGGCGUCAAAGGUACGCCAGGGGACGAGAAGCAGCCGGUAGAAUUGGACCCCGACUUCCUUGUCAAAUGGGAUCAGGACGACCCGAUGAACCCCCAGAACUGGCCAGAUCGGUAUAAGUGGUGGGUGACUUUCCAACUGGGUAUGCUUGCCCUUGCCGGCAGUCUGGGAUCCAGCAUCAUGACGCCAGCCGACCAUAUUAUCGCGCAAUAUAUUGGCGUGAGUCAGGAGGUGUCUGUUCUGGAUGUCGCGUUGUACUUGGUUGGCUUCAUCUUCGGACCCAUCAUCUGGGCGCCCAUGUCCGAGAUCUGGGGAAGACGAGUCAGUAUUCUUCCAGCAGUAUUUUGCCAGGCACUGUUCGCAAUCGGCACUUCGCGAAGCACAAGUGCCGCGUCGGUAUUCGUCACCAGAUUCUUCACCGGGUUCUUUGGAUCAGCGCCGAUCAGCAACGUCACCGCAGCAUUAGGCGACAUCUGGAGUCGCGAGAGGCGAGGAGUCGCCGUUAGUCUGUACGCAGUCGCAGUCAAUGGUGGUCCCUCGCUGGGUCCCGUCAUCGGCGCAGCCCUCGUCACGAACCCGCAUCUCAAUUGGCGCUGGACCGGGUACAUCCUCGCCAUCUGGGUCAUGGUAACCUUCGUUAUGGCCUUCUUUUGUCUGCCGGAAGUGUAUCCGCUUGUGCUUCUGAAGCAGAAAGCGCAGCGUCUUCGCAAAGAAACGAACGACAACCGCUACUACCACCCGCACGAGCACAUCAAGCUCGAUGUCCACUCCAUCGUGACAAAACAGCUCUCCCGCCCUAUGGUUAUGCUGACCACUGAGCCUGUCGUCACCUGUAUCGCCAUCUAUGCAUCCUUCGUCUACGGCGUCAUGUACCUUACUCUCGAAGUCUUCCCCAUCGUUUUUCAAGAAAUCCGCGCCUGGCACCCAGUCGUCGCAACGCUCCCUUUCCUCGCCUUGUUAAUAGGAGUGAUCUCCUCCGUCGGCCUCAACAUCUGGAAUCAAUACCGCUACAACAUCAUCGCCAAGAACGCAGGCGGAAGGGCCGUCCCUGAAGCCCGUCUACCGCCCAUGGCCUUCGGGGCUGUCUUUUUCGUCAUCGGCGCGUUCUGGUUCGCGUGGACUGCGAAGCCGCCCCACCACUGGAUCCUUCCUUGUCUUGCAGCCCUGUUUAUUGGCAUCGGCUUCAACUGUAUCUUCCAGCAGUGUCUGAAUUAUCUUGUUGAUAUGUAUGGCAUAUACGCGGCGAGCUCGACCGCUGCUGUGACGUUCUUGCGGAGUAUCAUGGCUGCGGGACUGCCCCUUGCUGCGAGACCGAUGAUCCGCGCGCUGGAUGUUGGACCGGCUGUAUCGAUUAUCGGGGCUGUUGCGGCUGUACUGCUGCCUAUACCUUUCUUGUUUAUGAAGUAUGGACCGAGAUUGAGGAGGUUAUCAAAGUUGACGCCGGAUAACCCGAAUUAG